GACAUCACUUUUGCCUUGUAGGUUCUCAAAAGUCAGUUGUUUAUUGAUAAGUUUAUUGAGAAAGAACAAUAUAGUUUUCUGGAUUAUAUUUCUAGUGGCUUUGAGCUAAAGUUUAUGGUUGCAGUUGACUUUACAGCUUCAAAUGGAAAUCCUCGAAAUCCAGACUCUUUGCACUACAUUGACCCUUCAGGCCGAUUGAAUUCUUACCAGCAGGCUAUAAUGGAAGUAGGGGAGGUCAUACAAUUUUAUGAUUCUGACAGACGCUUUCCUGCUUGGGGAUUUGGAGGGAGAACAGUUGAUGGUACUAUAUCACAUUGUUUUAACCUGAAUGGAAGUGCCAGUGACUUUGAGGUUGAAGGAGUUGAAGGCAUCAUGGCUGCUUACGGGAAUGCUCUCCACAAUGUUUCUCUGGCAGGACCCACUUUAUUCGGUCAGGUGAUAAACGUGGCUGCACAAAUUGCUGGUCAGUCCACCUCAGGUGACAGAAGCAAGUAUUUUGUCUUGCUCAUUAUAACGGAUGGAGUUGUGACAGAUCUUCAAGAAACCAAAGAUGCUUUGGUGAGAGCAUCUGAUCUUCCCCUUUCAAUUCUUAUCGUUGGAGUGGGACGUGCAGAUUUUACACAAAUGGAGAUUCUUGAUGCUGAUAAGGGUCAUCGGUUAGAAAGCUCUACAGGUCGGGUAGCUACGCGAGACAUCGUACAAUUUGUUCCAAUGCGAGAAGUUCAAAGAGGACAAAUUUCUGUUGUUCAAGCACUUUUGGAAGAGUUGCCCGGACAGUUUUUGAGCUACAUGCGAUGUAGAGAUAUCAAACCAUUCAAUCUUCACGUGGCCGAAACUCCUUGAAAAACCACCAAAAUUUCAAAAUUAGAGUAAAUAUGUUAGUAUUAUAAUAACUGUUCAGAAGUAGUAGGAAUUGAUGGUAUAGAUAUUAGGAAACUAGGUUUUGUUUUUUGUUUAUAUAUAUAUAUAUAUAUAUAUAUAUAUUGGGGGUGUCCGGAUCAGCUUGCGUGUACUUUAAUUAAUCUCUGGAGGCUCUAGAACUAUCGGUCGGGUAAGAGUUCUAAUGGUUACCCCAAUUAGUAGCUAUGAGGACUCAAACUCAAGAGAUCAUGUUAGAUCCUCCUCUUGUUCUUUUACCAUCAAAGGGUCUCGGAAUUUCUAUAGCUACAUUUCAUGAUUUGAGCAGGUGUAAAUAUUUGAUUGUUUGUAUAUGAUAUGAAUUAUAUGUUUUUUA